CCUGUACGUAUCGAAAGGCAUUGUACGCGUGACGCGCUGCUGUUCUUGUUUUGGCAGUUUGUUUCGAUAUUCACGGAUUGUCAGUCCACCAAGAAGGCGUUUUGUAUUGGUUAUACAACACGAAGCUGCGAUGGUAUUGAUUGAGCCUUGAAUCAGGAAGCUGGAAAGUGUAGUUUCACAAUGGCAGAUGGAGGCAGUGAUGAUGAUGUCAUUCACCUGGCAAGCUUCAACGUCCACCGCAGCCAAGGCUCCCGUGCACGCAAGAGGGAGCUCAUCACCAUUUCUGAUGACUCCGAUGAGGAGCCUGUGACUCUGGUGCCUGGUAGCCCGGUUUUAGUCCCAGACGAUGCCGAUGAUGACGAUGUCAGCAUACUGGAGCCACUAACUCCUGCACGCAAGCAUGUGAUUCGCCCAGCAGCAAAAUGGAGCGGGGCCUCGCACAACCUAAUUCAAGUUGUAGGUCAUAGUAGCGCAACUUCUGGGGUUCCCACAGGGGACCCUGGUUCUGCCCCCUCUACCUCCAGAGAUGCCAAGGUCAACUCCUCCGCAGUAAUGCCAGCCAUACAAACACAGACACCCGUACAGUUUAGUGGUUCUGGACCUACAAAGCCUCAACCUGGCUCUUCAUCACACACACUGUCUCAGCCAAAACCUCACACAAACUCACAGCAACAGGACGGUACGUCAGCACAUACAAAAGUGGAGCUCCAUGCAGUUUCUUCAAUCCAAACCCCAUCUACCUCCACAAAUGCCAAGGCUAGCGCCAUGACAUCCAGUGCACCUAUACCAGUACUUCAGCCUCAGCCCAGCACAUCUGGACUCAUACAACAAGCUGGCUCUUCAGCACAUGUAAUGGCCGAGCCCCUGAGAACCUCUACCAGUGCCACACACUAUUCUUGUGCGAUUACAGUGGCUGCGUCAAGUUCUUCUACAAAGACUCAAGAAAAGGCUAGCACAAGUACUCAUCAGGCCAGUACUUCAUCUGCACAGUCACCGUCUAACGUACGGACGCAGUCUCAGCCUGGUGCAUCUACACAGCUCCAGUCCACUACAACCCCACAGCCCCACCUCAUCCAGGUGAAGGAGGUGAAACUAGUUUUUCUUCCCCAGCAGCCGAGCAUCCAAGCCUCUGCUCUAAUAACCCAACCCCAGCUGCAGCUGAGGCCCCAGACCCUGCUGCAGCCUGUGACAUUCAAUCACAUGCAGGGCAAUCUCAUUCAGAUUGAACCACAGCCGCUGGCCCAGGCCCCGGCACAGCCUCCAGUCCAGGCCCCUCAACCCCCUCAGGUGAUGCCGGUUAUCCCCCCAGCAGUGCUAAUAGCUGCAGCCCCAGAGAGACUAGGGCCUCCAGAGGCAGGUCACCGGAUCAUCUUGGGGAGCCAGGCUCCUGGGGAGGCUGUUCCCAAUCCUCUGCCACAGGCUGGUGCUUCAAAUGGGGUCUUACCAGCCCGUGGCCUCAACAUCAGGGCGCCUAAUGUGAACACUAACCCUCCUGUUCCUCCGGCUCCCGCAGUCCCCCAAAAUGGAGGAGAGGCUCGUCUUGUUCUGGCUCCAGCUGCAAACCCAGAAAGGGUCAAUCCAGCCCCUGGUCUGGUCGCCAUCCCGCCUGCACCAGAGGACAUUCCCCGAAUAGAGGAUGCGAGGCCUGGCACCUCUGCGCCACGAGGGAGAGCAGAGCAGCAGCCCCUUGUUAGAGCCCUUAUUAGUGGUGUUUUGGAUCUAUUCCCAGAUGUCCAAGAAGCCUAUGUAGCAGAACUGAUCCAAAAGAAUAAUGUGAAAGACUUGAAUGUUAUCUGUAACCUGCUGUUGGAGAACCCAGAGUAUCCAAGAGGGGAGGCUGCAGCAGCCACAGCAGCUCCAACCAGCAUCCUGCUGGAGUCUGGAGACACCCAGACAGAGGUGACAGAGGACCUGUUUGACUAUGCCAAACUGGGCACGGUGGGACCUGAGGCUGUGAUGCAGGCUGCCGACUUGCUCAUGGCAGAUUUCAGGAUGCUCAGCUGUCAGGACAUCAAAUGGGCCCUCAAUGCUCUGAAGGGACACUAUGCAAUCACACGCAAGGCCUUAUGCGAAGCUCUGAAGAAGUGGCAAGAUUCAGGAGACCCCUCAGGAAAGAGACGGCGGAGCAGGGCCUCCUCUGAGCGCUGCUACAUUGAUUUUCAUUUUGAGCGUGGCUCAGUGAAGUUUGACAAAAGGAUGUAUUUCUUGGAGAAUGACCGUCGCUACUACAGGACGUACGACAACCUGGAAGCUUCUUUGCAGAAGGAGCUUACAUUCUAUCAGCAGAAGGCCAAGGAAUGGGCGGAGGUAUAUAUACACGCGCACACACACACACAGCAUGAGGACUUCCUCUUGGCUCUGCAGGUCAACGAAGAUGAAUACAAGAAGGACGGCCAGCUGAUCGAGUGUGGCUGCUGCUACGGGGAGUUUGCGUUUGAGAAGAUGACGCAGUGUUCAGACGGCCACCUGUUCUGUAAAGAGUGCCUGGUCAAAUACGCUCAGGAGGCAGUGUUUGGCUCCGGAAAGUCGGAGCUGAGCUGCAUGGAGGCGGGCUGCCCGUGCUCCUAUCCGGUAUGCGAGCUGGAGAAGGUGCUGCCAGAGAACAUACUGUGUAAAUAUUAUGAGAGGCAGGCAGAGGAGGCGGUCGCUGCCACCUGUGCUGAUGAACUUGUGAGGUGUCCGUUUUGCAACUUCCCUGCCUUGUUGGACAAAGACAUGUCUCUGUUUAGCUGUCCCAACCCACGAUGCCGCAAGGAGAGCUGUAGAAAGUGUCAUGUCCAGUGGAAGCAGCAUGUGGGGAAGACGUGUGAGCAGGUCCUGGAGAGGGACGAGAUCCGCAUGAGGGUGCUCUUUGAGGAACGCAUGACGGCAGCUCGGGUGAGGAAGUGUAUCAAGUGCGGGACGGGCUUGGUGAAGUCAGAGGGCUGCAACCGUAUGUCGUGCCGCUGCGGCAGCUUCAUGUGCUACCUCUGCAGAGAGCCCAUCACUGGCUACAACCACUUCUGCCAGCACGCCCGCUCUCCCGGCGCUCCCUGCCGCCACUGCCGCAAGUGUUCUCUCUGGACAGACCCCACGCAAGAUGACGAGCGCAUCAUUCAGGAGAUCCAGAAGGAAGGAGAGGCCGAGCUGAAUAAGAAGUGUGCAGAUACUUCAGGGAAGAGGGUCGGCCCUCCUCCUGAGCCCAUCACUGACGCCAAACGGCCACGUGUGGGUCCGCCCCCCGAAAAUCCACAGAACCCUAACCCCCCGGCCCCUCCUCACCCGCAGGCAGUACAAGCUCCCCUCUUUGUGCCUCCACGCGCCCGCUACCCACCGGCCCCACCCCAGGGCAGGCUGUACCAUCAGGUGAUCAUGCCCCGGCUGCCCCCGGCCCCCUACGUGCCCCCCCUGCAGCACCUGCCCCCCCUGAACAAUAACAACAACAACAACAACAACAACCACCAUCACCACCUCCACAACCCUCCUGUCAACCCUCAUCAUCACAACAUUGACGUCAUGGACCUGCCCAUGCACUAUGGACCACCACACCGCUACUACAGACGCUUCUAACACACACGCUCUGUGACGAGAGUUAACCCCGUCAGUUCACACUCACACUACAGCUUUACUUUUUAUUUCAGUGCAGUUUUUUUUAUCUCUUUCAGUGUGCAUCACCCUUUUAUAUUCGGCCGUUUUCAUAGCUCAUUUGUGAUCAUGCAGACUUUGGUCCCACCACUUGAAGCAUCCUUUUUGUUUAAGAUUUUAAAAAACGCACUGAAAUGAGAAGUGCAUCUGCAGAAAAACAUUCGGACACUUUGCCUUCUCCCGCUGAACUUGGGAAUUCAAUAAUAAAGUGGGUCCCUAUGCUACAUGUUCCUUUUUCAUCUAUUUCUCUUUAAAUAUUGGGGUUGAACUGAUGGAAGUGUCUAGAAUCUUGGGACAAUUUAUUUGCAGUUUAUACAGAUAUUUUUGAGUACAUAAUAAAAAAAAAACAGUUAGCUUUCCCUUCUGUAUCUUUUGUGUAAUGUGUGUGAGACCACACAGUUUUCUAUUAAAGUUUUCGUUCACAUUUG